AUGGACCCUAAAAUUCAAGCCAUUAAAUGUAAACUCACUGGUGGCAAUUAUGCAUAUUGGGCCAGUGUUAUGAAGAAUUUUCUUCUUGGUCAAAAAAAAUGGGGCUAUGUUUCUGGUUCUGCUCCUCGUCCAUCGGACCCAAAGGUAGAAGGGUAUCUGUCUUCCUGUGACACUUGGGAUUGUGAUAAUGCCCAACUUCUUACCUGGUUUCAUAACUCUGUGGAUGACCGUAUUGGAAUGAUGUUUUCCAAGUACAGUACUGCCAAGGAAGUGUGGGAUUAUUUACUCGGUGUUUAUCAGCAGUCCAAUUUUGCCAAGCGGUAUGAGUUGGAAACAACUAUUCAGGAUGCUCGUCAGCGGGAUCAAACUAUUCAGGACUUUUAUAUUGAGAUGACAGGUCUCUGGGAUCAGUUGGCUCUUAUGGAACCACCUAGUCUCAAGAUACUAGACGCUUAUAUUGAGUUUCGGGAACAGGGUCGUUUAGUCCAGUUCUUAACAGCUCUCUCCCCUCAGUAUGAGGCUAUUCGAGGUGGCAUCCUUCACCGAUCUCCUCUUCCCUCUGUAGAUGCUAUUGAUCGUGAACUUCUCUCCGAGGAAACCCGUCUUAAGACGGCCAAUCAGACUUUGCCUCCUUCUGUGUUCUUAGCUCCUGCCAAGCCACCCUUGUUAUCAACCCCUCCUCCUCAUCAACUUCAAGCCACUACGAAACCCAAGAGAGGACCAUUAGGGCCAGAUGAGUGUGCUUUCUGUCAUCAGAAGAGUCAUCGGAAGAACAAUUGUCCCAAAAAGGGACGUCAGCCUGCUCCAUCUUCUCAGAUAUAG